CUCACUUACUUUCACAGUUGGGUUCUGUAGUCCGUCCUGUAAACAGCAGAUCUGUUUUGUCCUUGAAAAAGAAAAAAAAAAACACUAUGACGUUCAAAGGGAUCUUGAAGAUACUUAUGGUCAUCUUCAACACUGCGAUCUUUUUUGCUGGAGCUGCAUCUGUGGUCAUCGGAGUCUUGGUCGUAGUUAACAAGAAGAAUGUAUUUGGAACGCUGGAUAACAUUAAAGAUCUUCCCCCACAAUUAUCACAUCUGGCUAACGCUGGCUACCUGCUGGUGGCUGUCGGGGCCGUAAUCGCCUUCAUGGGCUUUCUGGGCUGCUGUGGAGCCUGCUGUGAGAAUAAGUGCAUGCUCAUGACCUUUUUCAUCAUCAUCCUCACUGUGUUUGUGGUGGAGGUGAUCGCAGCCGUACUCAUUCUGUUUUACGAGCCUAAGGCAGAGGAACUGAUGAAUAAAAUUCGAGAAAAAGUUGCUAAGAGCAUCCGGGAGAACUACGGUGACAACGACAUCAUCACCAACACGUGGAACGAGACGAUGACUCUGUUGAAAUGCUGUGGAUACAACAACUACACCGACUUCACUGGCUCCCCGUAUGUAAGACAGGACUCACAGUACCCCCAAUUCUGCUGCUCUACAGGAUCCGGGAAGUGUAAUCGUGGACAAGCACAAUCACAGAACGUGGACGGCUGUUUCAAUGUUGUGGUGAAGUUGGUGAAGAAUAACUCUACUUUGCUAGGGGGCAUAGCUGUUUGUGUCGCCGCUACAGAGGUAGCCGCAAUGAUCGUGUCGCUUAUCUUGUUUAAGAAAUAAACUUGGAAUCUUGCAGAUGUAAGCACUGACCUCUCAACGGAUCAUGUGAUCAUCUAACAGGAUGCAGUAAUGAAAUCGAUACACGGUUAUCCCACACCUUAUAAAUUACAAUGUGUACAAAUGGAGCUUUUGUUGUAAUUUUGUUAUGUUUCAUUAAUAACUUCAUAAAAAACAAACUGUGUUAAACAAAACACAUCGACAUUUUCCUUGAUGUGUUGCCAUAUAUGAGCCCUCGUGUACCGGUCUGUUGUCAGUCAUUGUUUGUUGUCUUGUGUUUCAUCAGGUUACGUGCUUAGUUUCGGCCACACAGUAUGACCGUUUUUGUUAUUAUAUUAUAUUUUUGUUAUUAUAUUUAGUUUCGUUUCUCCGUUUUGUUUUAGACUCGUCUUACCCCUAUGAAUAAAGCAGUGCUUCGUUUUAUCCUGCGCAUGAGUCUGUCUUUCCAUGGCAUGCGGGUGCAUGCGAUUAACAGUGAGCUCUGGGUUCGAGAGGUGCGGGGGCGCCUGGACAUUAUAAUAACUUACCAAGUGCUAAUGCAAGAUGCAGAAAAUGUAAAUAAAAGCUUAAAGGAAAAAAUAAAG